UAUUAAUUUUUCCAAUCCUAGUAAAUCAAACGGGUCUGACGAUGAUCCCAAAUCCCUAGUGGAGGAAAUCCAAUCACCACAUACAGAAAAACUAAUAAUGGACCACAGAGACCACGACGACGACAUGCCCAGAGAAACUCGUGGUGCUACCAAGGAUCAGUGGGUGAAACAGGUCUAUCCAGUCCGAAGAAGAGAAGAACUCGAAGAUAUCUCGGCUACACCGACUGAAAAAGAAAUCGUUAGAGCACCAAGAGUGCAUUUUGUGACACAAGGAAUGUCUGAAAGCUCACCGCGCCCUGAAUACACCAGAUACGAUCGAGAGGCCAGAGCGAGGAAUCUAAAUAAGGAGUUGUCUUGGAAUUUGGGUAGGGAUCCUUACAGGGAUAUGGAGUAUUAUUACCAACCAAGGUAUACUAGGAAUUACAUGCCUCCAUCAUCACAUUCUAACUACAGGAAUGAUCGCUACUACAACUACGACUCAAGGGAACCCUACGAUGACUACUCUACUCGAUCCAGAUACAGAGACUACGCUGAGAAACCAUACGAUAACUACAACUACAACAACUACAACAGUCACAAUAACUACAAUGGAAGCAAAGGCAGGCAAAGGAGAAUAGUCUACUACGCCACUUUACCAGAAAUAUCAAGAACCCCACCAAACGGCAAUUUACGAGACAGAUACGACCAAAGAGACAGAUACGAAAACAGAUACUUCUCACCAGAAUCGUCAUACCAAAUGAGGAAGCCUUAUACCAAAUCAAGCUACGAUGAGAGUGAUAACAGGAAGCCUCAGUAUCCUGUUAAGGUGUCGACUGAUGUCAAUGUUAGGGAAGUGAAGAAGAAUCCUGAAGGAAGAAUCUAUUCUGAAGUGGACAGGAACAGGUUUCCUCAAAAUUCUAACUACAGGAGUGAGAGGCCGUAGAUUUAACAUAAAUUAAUGUAGGUUAAUUUUUUAGGUUAGCAGGUAUUUGUAAUGUAUCAAAUCAGUUCACUAUUUCUG